GGGGCGGCGUCUAUUAAUAUUUUGAGCUUUAAGUGCGGUGUCUAUUUGAGGGUGGCGUCUAUUCGGGUGCGGUGUCUAUUCGAGUAAAUGCAGUAUUGCAAGAUUCGAUGUAAAAACUGACAGAUGGGAAUGAAUUGGCGAAUGAUCAGGAAUGGAUUUGAACUCACCUCAUUGUCCAUAAUUAUACGAAUAGUUUAAAACAAGAUGGUAUUGAAUACUGGCUGAUCAUGUUCAUUAAUAUUCAUGUAUUCAUCUUAUCUAGGAAAGCAUACAAUAUUGAAAUAAAGGAUCAUGGUCAACCCCUCUUGGUUCACAGACCUAAGAAAAAGGAUAACGAACAAGGAGGAAGAAGGGGUAGGCAAAGUCUUGAAAUCAUCUGUCUUAUCCCAGAACUGUGUAGUAUGACUGGUCUUACAGACACUAUUAGGUCUGACUUUAGAGUCAUGAAGGACAUAGCAGCUCACACAAGAGUUGGCCCAAUGCAGAGGCUAGAUGCCAUGAAGAAAUUCAUGCAAAAUAUCAAUUCAACCCCAGAAGCAUUGGAACAACUGUCCAACUGGGGCUUACGACUAGACCAGAAUGCAUUGCAGACUGAAGGCAGACACUUCCAACCAGAGCAAAUCCGAUUCCUCAACUCAAGCUGUUCAGCUGGUAAUGAAGCUGACUGGGGUCGAGAAGCCACAAGACAAAAGGUCAUUUCUGCAGUUGACCUGCAUUCUUGGAUGGUCCUUUUCUGCAAAAAGGAUCAGAGCAAAGCAUUGGAAUUCAUAAGUAUGAUGAAACAGGUGACUCCCUCCCUGGGUAUAAGAGUCUCUGACCCGACCAUGGUCGAGGUCAGAGAUGACCGAACUGAGACUUAUCUCAGGAACAUCAGGGAAAACUUACAUCCAAGGAUACAAAUGGUGGUCAUCAUCUUUCCGACGUCACGAGAUGAUCGAUAUGCUGCUGUCAAGAAGCUUUGCUGCGUGGAAAGCCCAGUGCCAUCUCAGGUUAUCAAUGCCAGGACAAUAUCCCAGCAGAACAAGUUGCGAAGUGUCACUCAGAAGAUUGCGUUACAGAUUAAUGUCAAGCUUGGAGGAACCUUGUGGGGUGUUGAUAUCCCAUCUGUAAGUGGGCCUGCUGUCACUCACCCAUUCACUUUCUUGUCAGUUAAUAACACCCUACCACAGCGUAUCGUUGUGUUCCGUGAUGGUGUUGGAGAUGGUCAACUGAAGAUAGUUGCAGGCUAUGAAGUAGAGCAGCUGUCAGAGUGUUUUGCUCUAUUUGGAGAGGCCUAUGUACCCAAGAUGACUGUCAUUGUGGUACAGAAGAGAAUCAACACCAGAUUAUUCCUUUCUGAGGGACGAGGUCCUCAGUCAAGACUUGCAAACCCUGGUCCAGGCACAGUACUUGACCAUACCAUUACCAGGAAGGAUUGGUAUGAUUUCUUCCUGGUYAGUCAGCAYGUACGACAGGGUACAGUCACACCCACUCACUACGUCGUUGUCCAUGACACCUCAAAGUGGAAACCAGACAUCGUCCAGAAGUUGACGUACAAGUUAACUCAUCUUUAUUACAACUGGCCUGGUACUGUCAGCGUUCCUGCGCCAUGCCAGUAUGCGCACAAGUUGGCCUUCCAAGUUGGACAAUCGAUUCAUGCCGAGCCAUCGCAUGAUCUGUCCGACAGACUGUUCUUCUUGUAAACUACAUCUCUUACAUUGGAGUGGUUCUCGUUUGGCUUCGUACAUUCAGGUCUAUACCGCAAUGUCAGCAUCAAAUAUCUAUUAUCACACGCAAGAAAUAUGUUCAAAAUUUUAUCUUUUAAUUCGAGAUGGCUGUUGCCAUUUUUCAUGUUAAGCCAAUAUGGCGAUGUUACUGUUGAGAUACAUACCCUGGGAACUUUCUAUAGAGUACAAACAAUAAAAGUCUUGAGGCACUGAAGUAUUUAGUGAUGAAAGUGCUGAAGAUUUCUCUCGUAAACCCGUGAAAUAGAUUGAAGUCAGAAAGCCGUGAAAUAGAUAUUUGACACUCUAAUACACAAAAUGGUGGAACUAGCGGUAAACUAGUGUGAGCUGCGUCGGUGUUUCUAAAGAAACAGUUGUGCAAAAAGAUUGAUUUAACAUAAUAAAAAUAGGAGAAACAACUUAAUGACUUUGGACGUUAAUCUUUCGCUCUUUACUCCGACGAAGUAUUAACGUCGGAAACCUCAGUAAGUUGUUUCUAGUCCUAUUUUUUUACGGUGUCAAAUUUAUCUUUCUACACAACUAUUACGCUAAUACCUAUUAGUUCGCUCUAAUUGCAUUGUUUUCUUUUGUGUAUUUUUGACUAUCACACUUUAAUAGUAGUUUUCGUUUCACGGGUUGUUGAGUUUUCUCUGAAUUAAGUAAAAAAACUUGCAAUAGAUAUUAGAGUAAUACACCUUAGUACGCUCUAAUUGCAUUGUUUCCUUUUGUGUCUAUUCGACUUUAACACUUUAAUAGUCAAAUUUUGUUUCACGGGUUGAGUUUUUCUCUAUAAUUCUCCUACCACACUUCAUUUCUUUUUAUUUUACGUAUCUUUUCGGUGCAUCGCACAUUAUUACACUUUUUGUUUCACUGGUUUACCACUGAAUUUAAGUACUAAUAUGUGCUAAAGUGGACCUCAAGCAAGACGGUUUUGAAUGCUUCAUUUGUAUCAAUUCGAAUUAAUUUGCGUAUCGCAUGCACGAUUACUAAAUACGACUAAAUAGCACUAUUUAGUUUAUGCAGUGCGAUCACUCUAAAUUUUGCACUAAAUAUGAUGCCCUCUUUUAGUGUUUGUAUUCUAUAGAAACGUGUGCUAUAUCGGUAGAAGGGUCAAUAUUUUGMUUUGAUCGGAAGUUAACUUAUCGGGGACGUUAUCAUCGGAUGACGUCAGAUGUAAGUUAAAUUACGUUUUACUUAAUAUCGAUGGAUGACGUCAUGACGUCAGUUGCUAGCACAAAGUUCUUGAAAUACCUAUGUUUAAUGUUAUGGCGUAAGGCGGUGACGUCAAAACCCAGUGUCGUCAUAGUUGUAUGUUGUUAUACCAAUGUAGAAGAUACCGCUAUUUAAGUAUGAAUCAAGAAGUCGAAAUAAGCCUUCCAUAUUGUUGUUAUUCCCACAAUAUUUGCUACAGUUUAUGACUCAAAUGACGCUGUUCUGGCUGAUGUGUUUUUACUGCGUUUUCUGUUGGUCAAGCGAAUGAUAUCAACGCCAAAAACGUUAGACCCGAUUCAUACGUCGUACUUUCUGCCUAACCAGUUGCCAUUUUGUCGGCUUGGCGUUCGUUAAUACGUCGAUGCAAAUAUUGUAAAAAGCAUAAAAAUGGUCCGAUUACAUGCAGGAGAGUGAUCGCACUUAAACCGUGCAACUGUACAAAAUCAUUCUUCUAUGUAUUUGUCGGCACAAAGAUAGCUCGAUCUUUGAAUCAGCAUGGAGCUUUUGCCGUGCAGCACGACUGGCGCUAUAUUCGCACAGUUGUCCCGAAUUUGACUUAUUCAGACGUCGAGCUAUUCAUGURCUCAAUUUAAACUGGUUCRGCGCGACGAUAGCAUGACGUUUGAACCGGGCCUUACGUAAAGACAUUGCUGUGGAUCAUACCUUUGACAUUAAGAUAAACGUAAGGUCGCAGCCAAGGCCUGGAAUACGUUCGCAGGAUCGACAUAAGCGUAAAAAUAGUCAGAAGCGAUAAAAAUGUUCUUACGCUUGUGGUUGUUUCUAUGUCGUCCUUACGUCGCUCUUGAGGGCAAGUCCUUGUUCGCAAAGCGUCUAUUGAGCUUUUUUCAGUUCAAUGUCAGCGACCGCUGUUAUAGUAGACAAACUGACUUGCGUAGAGAACAAAAGAAGAAGAAAGAAAACGAAAAAAUGUUGACAUUACAAUAGCUCUUGAAAUUUGAACUUCUCCGAUUUGAGGCUAAGAUUGUAUUCCACAAGACCUGGAGUUUGAGCCUUCUUGGAAUAGAGACUUAUUUUCAAAUAGGAGAAAAUGGAAAUUUGUGGGGCUAUUGUAAUGACAACAUUUUUUCUUGCUUUGGUUUUUGGUGAGGUCUCUAUGCAUGAGAGACUAAUACCAACUAAAACAGCGGUUGCUCGCAUUGAACGGGAAAAAGGCGUAUUGAUCGCUUUCGACCAUCCCCGUGAGAUUUAAAAAAUAAAUAAAUGGCGUCCAUGUUGGUUGAAUGAAUAGAUACUAGUGAGAAAUCGUUUGUUGAAGUUAAACCAAGAUGGCCGUUGUGACGUAACUUGAAAACGAAACAUUGUGGACGCGGACUCGACUCUUGUCUUUGUACUUUCAUCUGUAGUGUUUGGACGUAUUGAUAGAAAAUGUGAGUUUUUAAACAUUCUAACUAAUCCAUUCGAGAAAAUACCAAUUAUAUGAGAUGUAACAAUCUUGUUUUUUAUAACUAACUGUUUAUCAUUAUACUAACGAAAAAAAUACUGAAGUGGUGGGUUGAUGGAACGUAUUUUAUGAUUAAAGUUAACUGAGCGAUA